AUGCCAUUCAAAGUCCAACCAACCACCCUCUCCGAUAUACCCCAACUCGUCGACAUCUACUUCGCCUCCAUCUCUAGCAACACCUUCAGCAGCGCCAUAUUCCCCGACACGCCCCCCGUGCGGCAAUGGUGGAUCGACACGCUCUCACGCUCACUGCAACACCAAAAGGGCGUCGCCAUGUACAACCUGCUCGAAUACGCCUCCGGCACCGCCACUCCCGUUUUCGCCAACAACGAAACAAACCAGAACAACAACAUCAUCGCUUUCGCCAAAUGGGUGCGGCCGAUGGAAAGCGCCGCAGCGACGGCGGACGACCCCCCGACCGUCGAGACACCACCACCGCCAACCGACUGCGACCAAGCGCUCUUCACGCGCUACUUCACAGAGCUACACCAACGCCACGAAUCCUACAUGGGCACGAACAACCCACACUGGUACCUCGAACUCCUCGCCACCCACCCCAGCUGCUCGCACAAGCGCCGGGACGCCGCCGCGGCCGCCCUCGUCAACCACGUGCUCGGCGGCGGCGGUGACUGCAUCAACGCCGGCUACGACGCGUAUCUGGAAGCGGGCCCGGGGGGGUUGAUGUCGACGACGUACGGGCGGUUGGGGUUCGAGAGGAGGGGUGGGUUCGUUGUGGAGGGGAGGGGGGAGAGGUGGGAGGGGGUGGUGAUGGUGAGGGAGGGGGGGAAGAGGGAGGGGGAGGAGAAGAAGGAGACGAUGGGGGAGGGGGAGGGGGAGGGGAGGGGGGAGCAGGGCUGA